CUCUGAUGAAAGACCUACAAAAUUACUCAGUUUCUGCAGUGACUGAUUUCAGUACUAUAAAAAUUAUGAUAAGAUAUUAAAUCUGCAAAUGGAGGCCUGUGAACAAAUUUUCGUGUAUUAACCUAAAGCUAGAUCUGUAUUUUUUCCAUUUAAGAAAUAAAGUAAUUUGAACGAUCUAGUUAAGGCAGAAAACCGGUAACAUUGCUGCAGUGGGCAAAUUUGAUAACAAAAAAUAUUGUUGCCUAUUGUAUUUUUUGGUAAUUAGUGAUAUUCUAUUUUUGAGAUAAGAUACUUUCCCUUUACUCUAACGAACCCUUCAGGUAAUUUGCACGAAAAGUACUUGGUGAAUAUCUUUGAUUAUGAUGAAAAUAAGGAAUACCAGAGUCAACCAAUAUGAGUCGAAUUGAGGACCCCCUGCAGCAACAGACAGAAUCAUCUGACGGAUUCUUCCUGAGACCAAGGCCUGAUCACAGCUAUGAAUAUUAUGAAAAUGCACAUGACAGCAAUGUAUCCAGUCAGGAAACACAGCAGAGCCAAAACAGUCAAGCAUCGGAGGCAUCAGUGGCUAACAUUGAUCGUCUUGGAAAGCUUAAUGAAUUUCUUCAAGCAUGUAACACAAGCCCAGUAAAGAAAAUUAGAGAGCCAUUGAGUGAUUCAAGUGAGAGGACACAAAGAAGAUACACUGAAAAAGCAAAUGAAUGCCUUUCUCUUCUUUUAGAGACAAUGUGCCCAGGAGAAGGUGAGCAGUUAAAAGAGAAUAUUUUUUUCAAAAGUGGAAAAAAAUAUGACAAGAAUUGAUUCUCCACAAUUUAUUGAUGCUCUUGUAGAAAGCUACAUGAGGGCAGAAACUUCAACAGUGAGGUGCCAGAUACUCUCUAUCUUAUCAAGCCAUUCUAAAUUUGAGGACAUUAAUAAAAAAAUUCCAUCCUUGACGAGCCACAAGUAUUAUACAGCAAAGAAACAUGCUAAGGAAUUUGGAGUGGGGGCACCUGUUGCAAAAGAAAAACAGACAAGAGGGAGAGUGGAUGAUGCCAAACUAGAACACUUUUUGGACUUCAUCACAUCAAGCCAUGUUAUUAAGGACUUGCCACUGGGUGAGAAAACACUGAAACUAUCAUCAGGAGAACUAAUUCAGACUCCAUAUGUUAUAAGAUGUUUAGCUCCAGCAACCAUUGUCAAACAGUAUUCUAGAAUAUGUGAAGAAGAAAAUUUUAAUGCAAUUGGAGAAAGUACCAUGUAUAAGAUUUUGUCAGAGUGCAGUGCAGCAGUCCGUAAAUCUGUUGAAGGUGUAGAUUACUACGUUGCAGAAGCAGGUGAAGCUUUCCGUGAGUUAGAAAACAUAGUGAACCAAAUUCCAAUGAACAAUGAUGGGAAGGAAACCAUAGAAAACCUACUGAAAGCAAAGCACUAUCUAAAGACAGAUUAUAAGAUGCAUGUUAGAACCUCAUCAACUAUUGCAGACCAUUGUUUUGUACAUGCCCUUAGCCAAACUGGUAGUGUAUUUUUUGAAGACCAGUGCCCACAUGAUCACAUACAUCAGUGUCCACAGUGUUAUCAGCUGGAACAUACCUUGUCAACUAUUUUGACCAAGACAGCUGAUGUGGGAUGGGACAACCCAGAGGCAUACUUGUUCAAGGUUGAAAAAUCUGUGAAUGCAAUUAAGGAGUUGAAGUCACAUAUAUUGAGAACAAAAGUUCAAGACAGUGCUCGUGCAGAUAUUACAGGAAAUCUGAAGGAAGGAGAAAUGUUUUUGGUUGCAGACUGGGCCAUGAAGUUUCUCCCUCGGAAAUUUAGGGAGGGUCAAACAGAUUGGUUUGGUAAAAGGGGAAUAAACUGGCAUAUAACAGUAUGUGCUACAAAAAAAGAUGGCAACUUUAUACUGGACACAUAUGUGCACAUAUUAGAUGCACAGACCCCACAAGACUCUCAACUGACUGCUGUUUUGAUUGCAGAUACAGUCAAAGAUAUGGUAAACCGCAAGAAUAUUAACAAAGUACACAUAUGGUCUGAUAAUGCUGGCUGCUAUAAAAGCACCUUCACCAUCUAUGCUCUUUAUCAAGAACUGCCAAAUUUGAUAAAGUCCUACAACUUUUGUGAGGCACAGGACGGAAAAGGCCCCUGCGAUCGUAAGGCAUCCCAUAUCAAGGCAGCAAUCAAAAGACAUGUUAAUGAAGGAAAUGAUGUGUUGAAUGCAUCUGCAAUGAAGAGGGCUAUUGAUCUACAACAAAAAGGAAAGUAUAGAGUCAAAGUUGUGACACCAGUUAUUGAUGCAGAUGCUGAAAAAAUUCAUGUAAAGCCCAUUCCAAACAUUUCAACUCUCAGCAACUUUGAAUUCAGCUCUGAUGGGCUAAAGGUGUGGGGAGCAUACAAAGUUGGACCAGGGAAGCUGAUUCCAUGGAAAAACAAUGCAGUUACAUGCCUACAAUUGAAUGUUGUCCACACAUGGUCAUCUGAUGUUAUUCCUGACAUUCUUCCACCAGAUGAUGAAUCUGAGGCACAUGAUGAAUCUACCCAGCCAGCUUUUAAAAGAAGAAAAACAUCUGACCAUGUGUUUAACUGCUCUAAUGAUGACUGUGACAGAUCAUUCAAUACAAUGACAUCACUAGAUAAUCACCUUCUUCUUGGCAAUUGUAAUGUGCAUGUGGAGAAAAAAGUAGUAGACAGGUGUAAAGUAAUGUACAACAAUAAACUUCAGACCAUUAAUGCCAUCACUAUUCAGUCUGAUGACUUGGCAAAAGAAAACACCACUGAUGUACCUGAGGAAAGAGGAUGGGCAUUAAAAGUGAAAAAACCCAAAGUUUUGUUCACGGAGGCCCAAAAACAGUAUCUGUCUGAAAAGUUUAACAUUGGCAAAGUUACUGGGAAUAAAGAAGACCCUGCCAAAGUUUCCAGAGAUAUGCCAUAUAUUCUAAAGGAUGGUCAGAAAAGGUUUACAAGGGAACACUUUUUGACAACUUCACAAGUGGCUAGUUACUUUUCCAGACUUGCUCUGAAAGACAGAAGAAAUGAUAUACAGGAUCAAAAUGACUUUUCAGCAGCAUCUGCUGACAAAAAACUCUUUGGUCUGAAAAAAAAAGUUCUUUCUCAUGUUUAGAUAUGAUGUGGUUUCGUUCAGGGUCACUUAAUAAAAAAAAAUAUUGUGGUGCAUGAAACAAGUUUUUCUUUUUAUGUAAGAAGGGCUGCAUCAGAUAAGAUUUAAAGAAAUGCUGAAAUGUAAUAAUUGUACCACAAAAGUGGAACCAGUGUAGCCUCUUGUCAGUGCUAUCACUAGAUUUAAUUUAGAUUUUAUCUUGAUUUAAGGCCAAACGAAUGUAUGGAACUGAAAAUUGAUGUCAAAUGAGCAUUACUGCGGGAAAUAAUAGUGACCCUGGCCUGAACCUACAAUGUAUGUUAUUGUUCUUAUUAAAAAAAAAGUUGAUUUCAUGAAGGCUCA